AUGGUGACGCAGAAAACGCCCUCGCAGCACAAUUCGACCCUCUAUAUAUCGCCACUAAUUACCAAUACUCGGCGGCCAGAUCUUUUUGUGACCCCACCCAACCCACCAAAUUCGGUCUUCGACACGCCAGGAUCUAACCAUUCUCUGUUCUUCGAUAACAGCUACAAGCAGAACCAGAGGAAUCCGAAUGGGCCACCACAAAGUCAAAAUCAGAGGCAUGGGGGUAUAGCAAUGGAGAAUAACGCAGGCGCUGAAAAAAAACCUGGAGUAAAUGACUUUGUAGGCGAAGAGGAGCACAGCACCAAAGGCGACGAAUCAAACCGCCAUGGCGUUUUCUCUUCAGAUGGUUCGAAGCAGUUUGAGGUUGCCAAGGAACCAUUGACUCAGGCUGAAAAGCUUCGUCUUUGGCGCCACGAUGCCCUCAUGCAACACCACUACAAAACUGCAGAAUAUAUUGGUAAUAAGGUGUUGGCUCUCACUGAUGAUCCAAAUGAUGCAUUUUGGUUGGCCCAGGUGUACUUCAAUACCGGGAAUUACCUUCGAGUGAAGCACUUGCUCAGUAAAUACGACAAGUCUGUGAGCUGCAGAUACCUUGCCGCAUAUGCGUUAGUUAAAUUGGAGUUGUGGGACGACGCCUUGGAUCUUGUGGGAGAAACCAAUCCAUUCGUGCGAGACGACUUCUACCAAGUAAGGCUGACCGACGGAGGUAUCAAGUUGGAAGCAUCCAUGUGUUACCUCCGGGGAGUGAUAUAUGCAAACCAGAAUAAUUUUGAAAGGGCUAAAGAACUGUACAAGGAGGCGGUUUUAAUUGACGUGAAAUGCUUUGAAGCGUUCGAGGCAUUGAUAUCUCAGAAUUUAAUGACCCCAAGUGAAGAAUGGGACUUCGUUAUGUCCUUGAACUAUAGAAAUGCCGACGACGAUAAUUCAGAUUUGGUCAGACUUUUGUAUACUACAAAUUUGUCCAAAUACUUGAAUGCGAGUACAUUCAAUGAGGCGGAAGAGAUUUUGGAUGAAGAGUAUCAAUUGGGUGACAAUUGCGAUAUCUUGCUCGCUAAGGCUGACUAUUUAUAUGUGCAUUGUAAAUUUGACGAAUGUUUGGCUAUUUGUGAGAGGAUCUUGACUAAGGAUGAAUAUAACUUCAAAAUCAUUCCCAUUUACUUGUCUUGUCUACAUGAGCUAGGAGGCAAAAACAAGCUUUUUUUGAAGGCACAUCAACUUGCCGAACAGCACUCAACGCAACCAGUAACUUGGCUCGCUAUUGGUAUCUAUUACCUUUCUAUUAAUAAAGUAAUCGAAGCUAGGAAAUUCUUUAGUAAGGCGACGCUAUUGAACCCUAAUUUUGGUCAAGCUUGGAUUGGAUUUGCACAUACUUUUGCUGCAGAAGGUGAACAUGAGCAGGCAAUCAGUGCUUAUGCAUUUGCGGCAAGAUUGUUUCCUGGUACACAUCUCCCCAACUUAUUUCUUGGAAUGCAACAUUUGCAGAUGAGUAACCUAAAUUUGCUGGAGGAAUACUUACUUGCUUCUUACCAAAUUUGCUCGACAGACCCGCUCCUACUUAACGAACUUGCCGUUAUAAACUAUCACAAGAAUAAGUUGAAGCAGGCUGAAAGUUUUUGCCAAGAUGCGCUUUCGGCAGCCAAAUACUUGAAUUCAGACUCAAAAACCUGGAUAUCUAUUCACACAAACAUGGGACAUAUAUUCCGCAGAGAUAAUGAACCCUUUAAGGCUCUAGAAUGCUUCCAACAAGUUCUCAAGAUCUCGAAUAGGGAUGAUAGUAAUAUAUUGGCAGCAAUGGGGUUGAUAUAUUUGAAAUUGGGAGAUCAUUUAAAGGCGAUUGAUGUCUUACAUGAUGCAUUGGCAGUACUGCCUGGUGACCCCGUUGCGUCGGACUUAUUGAAGAGAGCGCUUGAAGCUAAUUUAGAGAAUGGAAUGAAUUAUUUAAAAAACAAUAAACUGAUAGAGUCGAGUUUGCCCACAUUGCAGUAUAGAAGAAAUGUGUCAAAUGCAAUUACGGAAGUGAAAAACAAUGCAGAUAUUUCUGCCGCUUCACGGUCCAGCAAGCUUGAAGCAAAGAGCAGAAGGCUGCGAGACGAAGAAACCACUGAAGCUGAACUCGAGGCAAACGAAUUAAAACGCGGCGAGAUUUCCAGUGAGGAAGAAGACGAGGUGAUGGAUAUAGAGAGUGAUUAG